AUGCUCCGCUCAGCAGCGCGCUUCAAGCACAUUUGGUCCGCUGGCGACAAGCAGUAUGUGGGCUGCUGGGAGUCCGUUCCCCGUCGCUACGGCAAUGCCUUGGGCCCCGUGUCCUACGCCAACCGAGCUCCCGUGCCCAAGGACUGGGUACUGAGGGGGAGUGGUAUCCAUGGCCCAGAGAACGGAGAGGUCAUGAAGUUGGCGCUGUGGAAUCGGCUGAAGCAGAAGCGCCCCCAGCGCCAGGGCGUGACGACAGCUGACCUGCAGGAGUUCUACCGAAUGGAGAUCACAGUUGUGUGGUGGAUGUUUGGCCUGGUGUUCUUCGUGGCGCCUCUCAACUGGUGGGGGAAGAAGUACCGCAUGGUCCACGACCACUACCCGUGGAUGCCCAAGCGCAUGGACGGCACCCGCGGCGUGGGCCCCUACGCCUGGUUCUUCGAGUGA